AUGAAGAUGAUCAAAGGAUUGGAGAACCUGCCCUAUAAGGAAAGACUGAAGGACCUGGGUCUCUUCUUCCUGGAGAAGAGGAUGCUCAGAGGAGACCUCAUCACAUUUGUGACUCUGUGUGCUGACAGUAAUGCAGAUGAAGCCACAAACCUGCUGCAAGAUAAAUUUUGUGUUAAAUCUGGAAUAAUUUUUGCAGAGAUGCCUUGUAGUGAACAUUCUUUCACCUCCCUUCUCAAUGCUUUUAAAAACAUAAAAUACAACUCUGUGGUACCUGUGAGGCCACUGAAUAACCCACUUGCCCAGGAGAAGACCUUUUUUUUUGUUCUUAAUACACUGUAAGAGAACAGUCCUGGCUUUGCGAAACAAGUGGAGAAAAUUUUCCAUGAGUCUACAUACAGGCAACAGUGA